GAUUUGUCUUUUGAACUAAUUUUUUUUGGCCCGUUAGGUCCGUUUUCAAGUGGGUGUUAAUAAAGAGACUGGGAAGGAGAUAGCCAUGAAAGUAGUCAGCAUACGACAACGCGUGCGGGCGCGAGUUGAAUCUCUUAAAGGCCAGUUUGGCUUCAUUGCUUAUGAAAACGAGGAAGGCAAGAACCUGUUUUUCCACAUGAGUGAAGUGGAAGGUGAAGUGGAACUUCAGCCAGGGGACGAAGUGGAAUUUGUUGUGGUUCAGAACCAGAAGAGUCGUAAAAUGAGCGGUUGUAGCUUACGAAGGAUCUGGUCAGUACAACCUUAAGAUUUGCCUUGAAGUUCUUUUACCCAGAUGCCUUUAUUUUCCCACUGAUUUGUCUUUGUUGUUGUGUGGUCGUAUUUUCCCGAACGGUGCACUCUUUUCAAAGACAUUUUAUCCCGUCAGUUUAGUCAAAACAUAGCAAGCAGCAAUUCUAAAUGGUUGUUGCUUAAUCGGUAGUUGCCACAAAACUCCUUCUAAAUAUCAUGUUGAGGUAGGUAUCAGUCCUGUUGAAGGGCGUUAUUUUUGAUACGAAACCCAUCGCUUGCUUUUACUGGUGCCGAGUAGAAAAGCCAUUUAUUGUGUUACAAUUAUCCUUUUGUAUCAGAAUCACCCA